UGUUGUCGGAGUCACGGCUGUGGGUGAAACGGCGAGGAGACUGAACAACUGUUCGUGGACGAAAAUUGACUUAAAACAUCCGAUCGAGAGUAAAGAAGACGACUCACACGGAACAGAAAAGGAUUUUUAACAGCUCUGUGUUUGUUCAGUUAGCCUUACGGCGACGAUUUGGACAUUAUCGCAAAAACGGUUUUUACAUAACCAGCUUUACCCUGUAACGUGUAUUCACGGUGGGGAGCAGUCGGAUCUGGCAACGGUAUCUUCUGCUCGUUUUCAGCAACAACUACCUUCAAAUACUUAGUAGCUAAUUACUCUGUUACUUAAGUAUACAUAGAUACUGUUUCUAGGGUGCAGGUCUGUAAUAGCGUUUUUGUACGUCUAGUUCUACAAGCUUUUUUUUCAUUAUUCGGGAAAAAUAAGUUAUACAACACAAAACGAGGUUACUGCACGUCAGCGAAUCGGGUCCUAAAGCCCGCCAGGUUGCUUCUCACAUUGCCGGUCUCGUGCCCAAAUGGUUCAUCGGCCAACGGUUUUUAAAUUCUUCGACAUAAUGGAGAAACUUCUGUUAGAGCAAGGUUAAUUGAAAACUUGGACUGCAUCAUUGAAAACAACGAGUUGUAUGCUACAAUAGCAUACAAGCUAAUAUAGCAUACAAGCUAACAUAGCACACGCACUUAAGAAAUUUGGAUUCCCAGUGACCUAGUUUCUUCUUUCUUGGAUACCAUUUUAACAGUGAAUCUGAGCAAUAGUGAAGUGAGCACAAAAAGACUGUUUUUGAAAUACAAAAAGGGAUAAAAGGACUCAUCCAGUUGAGUAAUGGUCAUUAAUACGAUCCACUGGUUCAGGAAGGGCUUGCGUCUCCACGACAACCCGGCGCUUAAGGAAUCUCUGCUGGGAGCGGAUACUGUCCGCUGCGUGUACAUCCUCGACCCCUGGUUCGCGGGAUCUUCCAACGUCGGGAUCAACAGGUGGAGGUUCUUACUUCAGAGUCUUGAGGACUUGGACUACAGCCUCCGUAAACUCAACUCUCGACUGUUUGUGAUACGGGGCCAGCCCACUGAUGUAUUUCCAAGACUGUUCAAGGAGUGGAACAUUUCUCGUUUGUCUUACGAGUACGACUCUGAGCCCUUUGGGAAAGAACGAGAUGCAGCUAUUAAGAAACUGGCCUGUGAGGCUGGAGUGGAGGUGACGGCUCGCAUCUCCCACACACUCUAUGACCUGGACAAGAUCAUAGAGUUAAAUGGGGGUCAGUCCCCGCUUACCUACAAGCGGUUCCAGACCCUCAUCAGUCGUAUGGAUGCAGUGGAGGGGCCUGCAGAGUCCAUCACGGCCGACAUCAUGGGGAAAUGCAGUACGCCACUGUCCGAAGAUCAUGACGACAAGUUUGGCGUCCCCUCCUUGGAGGAGUUGGGUUUUGAUACUGAAGGUCUGUCCUCAGCUGUGUGGCCGGGGGGAGAGACUGAAGCCCUCACGCGACUUGAGAGGCAUUUGGAGAGGAAGGCAUGGGUAGCCAACUUUGAGCGCCCCAGAAUGAACUCCAACUCGCUGCUCGCCAGCCCGACGGGCCUCAGCCCGUACCUGCGCUUCGGCUGCCUCUCCUGUCGCCUCUUCUACUUCAAACUCACCGACCUCUACCGGAAGGUGAAGAAGAACAGUUCCCCUCCUCUCUCGCUCUACGGUCAGCUGCUGUGGCGCGAGUUCUUCUACACGGCUGCCACCAACAACCCCUGCUUCGACAAGAUGGAAAGUAACCCCAUCUGCGUUCAGAUCCCGUGGGACCGCAACCCUGAGGCGCUGGCCAAGUGGGCAGAGGGCCGCACCGGCUUCCCCUGGAUCGACGCCAUCAUGACGCAGCUGAGGCAGGAGGGCUGGAUCCACCAUCUGGCUCGUCAUGCCGUGGCCUGUUUCCUGACCCGAGGAGACCUGUGGAUCGGCUGGGAGGAGGGCAUGAAGGUGUUUGAAGAGCUGCUGCUGGAUGCAGACUGGAGUGUGAAUGCAGGCAGCUGGAUGUGGCUUUCCUGCAGCUCUUUCUUCCAGCAGUUCUUCCACUGCUACUGCCCUGUGGGUUUUGGCCGACGCACAGACCCCAAUGGGGAUUACAUACGGCGCUACCUGCCCGUUCUGAGAGGGUUUCCAGCCAAAUAUAUUUAUGAUCCCUGGAACGCCCCAGAGAUUGUGCAGAAGGCAGCCAAAUGUGUUAUUGGAGUGCAUUACCCCAAGCCCAUGGUGAACCAUGCAGAGGCCAGCUGUCUCAACAUUGAGCGAAUGAAACAGAUCUACCAGCAGCUCUCCUGUUAUAGAGGCCUCGGCCUUCUGGCUACAGUUCCGUCCACCUCUAAUGCUAACAGUAACGGGGAGAUGUCCUCAUACGGGAUGGGAUUGUCUGCGGAGGGUACCCACAAUGCUGCAGCGCCAUCUCGCUAUCAGAUGCCGGUUCACUCCCAAAGAGAGAGACAAAGUGGUGUCAUGAUGUACUUGCAGAACGAUCCACAAACGAACUUCGGCACACACCAGCAAGGUUACGCAGGCACCAGUAUGAAGUCUUACGCCCAAGGCACAGAGCCUAUAAUUCAGAAAGGACGUGAACUCCAUUGCACAACUCAGACCGUUGUCAAACGACACAGCGAGGACUCUGGGAAUGGCAAAGGCUCUAAAGUCCAGAGACAGAGCAUUCACUAGGAAGGUUAGUGUCUCCUUACAGUGUACACAGCCAACACAAAGGCUAAGGUUUUUUUAUUUAAAUUCAUUGUUGCAAUGACACAAGCUCAAGAGAAGUGUCGUUAAACACACACACACACACACACACACACACACACACACACACACACACACAAGACUAUAUUAUCAUGGGGACUGCACGACCCGGCCAGUGGACUGACAUCCGUGAAGCGGCUGUUGCACUUUGCUCUUGUGUGAACAAAGUUCUUGUGUAUAUAAUGAAUUUGCUGAUUUCACAUACAACUUGUACAUAUUUGAAUAUACUGUAUGUGUCUUUCUUUGUGUAGCCAUAGACCCAUCAAUAUAUUUUUUAUAUGAGAAAUCAUUGUGGAUGGAUCUUGAUUUUUUUGUAACAUUUUCAAUAAAAAUUUAAACAUUUGUAGACCGUCCAUUCAAAAACAAAUGGUGAUAAAUCUUGUAUCGGUUCUAAUACGAACGUCGCUGCCUGUCUGCUUCCCAUUUUUCUCCCGUUUGAGCUGUUCCAAGAUAUCAGCUGUUUUAAUCAUUACCUUUCUCCGUCUCAGUACUAGUUAAUCCUCACCACUGUAGAAAUAUCAGUAUGAAGUAAACUAUCAAGUUGUUACACUUGUAGAAGGCUACUGAGAAAAGGUGACAGGGAGACAGAUUCUACAUGGGGUGCCCCCCCCCAACAUCCUUGUAUAAUCUCCAUUAAAUGUGUCACAUGAGAGAACUGCUACACUUGUUCCUUCUCAAUGUGCUUGUUUCAUUAAAACUGGAUAUAAU